AUGGUGGAAGAAGGCAACAUGACGUACGCAGAUUUUUUAACAAAGGAAGUAGUUAAUGAUCCGCGAGUGGAAAAUUUAUUACUAAUGAAAAAUCCGUUUCCGAUAGCUGGAAUAUGUGCGGCUUACGUUUAUUUUGUACUUCAUUUAGGCCCAAAAUUUAUGACGAAUAGAAAACCGUAUAAUUUAAAAAAUAUUAUUAUUAUUUAUAAUGCGGCGCAAUCAAUUUUUAGCGCCGUCAUGUUUUACGAGGCUGUGUCACAUUGGUAUAAUAAUUACGGAUUCCUGGAAUGCAUUCCGGUUAAUUUUAACUUAUUGAAUCCCAUCGCGGAAAAGGAAAUAAGAUUGUGUCACCUUUAUUUCCUUUCGAAAAUAACAGAACUUUUAGAUACCAUAUUUUUCGUAUUGAAAAAAAAAGAUAGACACGUGAGUCUAUUACACGUUUUCCAUCACGCCGCGAUGCCAUUUUCUGUUUGGUUCGGUGUUAAAUUUCAUCCAGGUGGUAAUUUGGCAUUUUUCGGAAUACCAAAUUUAUUCGUACACAUUUGGAUGUAUUUUUAUUACAUGAUGGCAGCCAUGGGUCCACAAUAUCAAAAAUAUAUUUGGUGGAAACGUCACAUCACUCAAAUGCAAUUGGCGCAAUUUGCUAUCGUCAUGAUUUACGUAUUGAUAAUAUCGGGAAAGUGCACGCAAAAUUGGCAUUUGGUAUCAUGGAUAUUAGUUUUAGACGUUGCUUUCGUCAUAUUAUUUGUAGAUUUUUAUCGUAAAGCUUACAGAGAGAAAAAAGAUAAAAAAACAAAAGAUGUUAAUGACGUCACAGUAGAAAAAACGUCUAAAAAUUGGAAUUCUAAUAAUGUUAUGGAAGAUUCAAAGUGUAAUUAUAACCUAACAAAGAAAGAUUUGUAG